AUGAUGUCUUCCCUCCGAAUAGGCCAAUUCCUUCGGGGUCAGAAUGGAAUAUACACCGUUAGCAAACAACUACAAGAGACAGUUUGGCUUGCAAGCAGGUGCGAAAGCAAUGAACCCGUGAUUGUGAAAAGCAUCCAUCAUUUUUGCCUCCAGAAUGAGCGUGACGUGUUGAACCGCUUUCAAUCUCGUACCCCCUUCCUACGCCCUUUAAUCGAUGAAAUAGUCGGGCCAUCUGAUCCACCAGCCAUAGUUUUGAGAUAUUUAGACGACCAUCUUCUGAACGCGUCUGUCACUCAACGACUGACGAAUCUGGAGAUCAGAUAUGUUGCAAGAAGGAUUCUAGAAGCCCUCAAGGUUCUCCAUGAGGAUAAUUUUGUGCACACAGACAUCAAGCCCGACAACAUUCUUGUCAACUAUGGCCAGGGGGAUGUGCGAUUUACAGAUGUUCAAGUAGCAGACUGUGGGAGUACGGUCCCUUCGGAUUCUGCAUAUGCCAAGGAUGGUGACUUGAUUGGAUCACCUAUCUGGAGGAGCCCUGAAGCACAGCUCCGAAUCGGCUGGGGUACACCAACAGACAUGUGGUCCUUUGGAGCAUUACUUAUAACCCUGCUAUAUGGAGGCAACUUCUUCAUAUUCAAACCAGACGUUCCCGCAGAUCAUGAUGAUUACGAACUAAAGAUUCUUCAGAGGCAGUGUGAGUUCUUUGGGCCAUUCCCGUUGACAUAUCACGACAUCUGCCCUCAGGAGAAGUUGAAUGCCCUCGCAUAUAUCAUGCAAAGCAUUCCCCCCGAAAGGAGAAAGCUUUUCCCCCGGAUUUCAGAACAGGAAAUAUCCAAGGAGGACAAGGAAUUUGUUUUAAAAGUAAUGAAGCUUGAUCCAAGAGAGAGACCUUCCGCCGCAGAGCUUCUGCAAGACAAGUGGUUCGCGGCAUAA